AGAACGCGGGCGGAAGUUUACAUUCCUGCUUCUUUUCGUCGCAUGUCCUUACUCAGCCAAACAACUGACGACUAGGACUAUUUUUCAAGAUUCACCUACCUUCUAACCUGCCAUGGCUGAACCCAAGUCCAUGGAGUCCCCGGGUUCUGGCUGUGGCCUUCCAGCCCAGAGAAGUUCACAGCAGGGUCCAGAGAUGGUGUCAGUGAAGCUGGAAGACUGCAGUCAAACCCUGGAACUCAAUGUGAUUGUCAAAGAGGAAGAAGAGGAGACAGAAAUCCAAGAAGAGGUGGAGGAGAGGGCAGUCAAAGAAGAAGAGGUGGAGGAGAGAGCAAUCAAAGAAGAAGAAGUGGAGGAGAGAGCAGUCAAAGAAGAAGAACAAGAGGAGAAGAGCGCAGUCAAAGAAGAAGAGGUGGAGAGAGCAGUCAAAGAAGAAGAAGAGGAGAACAGGGAAGCGUCUGCUCCAGAUCUAGACGAAGAGGAGGAAGUAGAUAGUAUCACUGACCCAGGAGAGAGCUCCAACCCAGGUUCAGACAGUGAGCCUAGUUCCACAGCAUCAGGAAACCAUAAACAACACAGACAGAGGAACUCAAGACAGAAACAUCACCACUGCAUGGACUGCUUCACUAGCUUCUAUGAUCCAGAGGAGUUGAGAAGGCACACUUGUAGGCCCCACCCCUGCUCAGAUUGCAAAGGCAGUUUUAUUUGUCCAACUCACCUCAAAUCGAAACCGACAAAAAAAAGAAAGACACACCCAUGUGGUCAAUGUGGAAAGAGUUUUCAGACCCCAAGCAAACUAAAAAUACACCAGCGAACUCACACGGGGGAGAAACCUUUCCAUUGCUCUGUUUGUGGGAAGAGUUUUUCUCUUUCACAGAACUUAAAUAGACACCAAAUAACUCACACAGGAAAGAAGCCUUUCCUCUGCUCUCAGUGUGGGAAGAGUUUCAGUCAUUCAUCAACUCUGAAGACACACCAGCUAAUUCACACAGGAGAGAAGCAUCACCACUGCUCUCAGUGUGGAAAGGGUUUCAGUCGGGCAGGAGACCUAACGAGACACCAGUUCACUCACACAGGAAAUAAGCUUUUCCACUGCUCUCAGUGUGGGAAUGGUUUCAGUCGAGUAGCAGCCCUGAAGGUACACCAGCAAACUCACACCGGAGAUAAGCCUUACCACUGCACUGUUUGUGGGAUGAGUUUUUCCCUUUUACAAACCCUAAAUAGACACCAGCUUACGCACACAAGAGAGAAGCCUAAUCACUGCUCUGAGUAUGGGAAAGGUUUCGGUCACUCAUCAAAUCUGACGACAUACCUGUUGAAGUGAGUUCUGCUGCUUUUUAUUAUGGGAAUAGGACCCCGCCCCCCCAAAUAGGACAGGGCUUCUGGCAUUAACGUCGGCACAACUUGUCUCUGGUCAUCUGGAUCACUGCUCAGCGUUUACCUAACCUGUUGAUUUACCACUUCAACCCUGGGUAACCCUGGUAACAUCUUUUAAACCUUGGGUAUCAUGUAAUAAACACUGGAUGUCUGUUAAUAAAUGAUGGUAAUCAUGGGUAUAAUAGGUAGAUAUUUGUGGAGGUGAAUGAAGAAUGGGUGACAACCUUUUAACUUGGGUGUCAUGUUAUAAACACUGUAGCUAUAUUAUGAAAUAAAAAUGUUAGUGGCGAAAGUAGAGGAUUCAAAGUCAUAUGUUGGAGUUUGAGUAUUGUAUAUUGAAAUAAUGCUCGUGGGUCAUGUUGACAUUAUGGGGUAUUGUGUGUCGAUUGAUGAGGAAAAUAAAUAGUUUAAUUCAUUUUAGAAUAAGGCUGUAACAAAAUGUGGGAAAAGUCAAGGGAUCUGAAUACUUUCUGAAUGCACUGUACGGUGGUAUUCAAGCUUAAUUUUUCAAGAUUUUAUAAUGCAACACACUUUGAAAGGUGGUGACCAAGGAUGACUUUACAAAAGUGAUCCACUUGAUCUUGCCCAGUGACGGGAGUCAGGAACGUGUGCACGUGCAUGCAAUUUGAAUGCAUUUCAAUGAAUGGGAAUGUAGCUGCUGCAUAUGGCGAUCGGCAACUCAUACCCUGACGCCUCUCCUGAGGUUUUAUCUAUCUCAGUCAAAAGUUUUAGAACACCUACACAUUCCUGGGUUUUUCUAUAUUUUUUAAAUAUUUUCUACAUUGCAGAAUAAUAGCAAAGACAAACUAUGAAAUAACACAUGGAAUCAUGUAGUAACCAAAAAAGUGUUAAACUGAGGGGCUCCCGAGUGGCGGAGCACUGCAUCUCAGUGCAAGAGGCGUCACUACACUCCCUGGUUCAAAUCCAGGCUGAAUCACAUCUGGCCGUGAUUGGGAGUACCAUAGGGCGGAGCACAAUUGUCCCAGCGUCGUCCAGGUUUGGCCGGGGUAGGGUAUUUUUUUUUUUUAAGAAUUUGUUAACUGACUUGCCUAGAUAAAUAAAUAAAAUAAUAAACACAUCAAAAUAUAUUUUGUAUUUGAGAUUCUUCAAAGUAGCCACCCUUUGUCUUGAUGACAGCUUUGCACACUCUUGGCUUUCCCUUAACCAGCUUCAUGAGCUAGUCAAAGGUCAGUCAAUCUGGAAAAUUUCAAGAACUUUGAAAGUUUCUUAAAGUGCAGUCGCAAAAACCAUCAAACUGGCUCUCAUGAGGACCGCCACAGGAAAGGAAGCCCCAGAGUUACUUCUGCUGCAGAUGAAAAAUUAAUUGGAAUUAUUAACAGCCUCAGAAAUUGCAGCCCAAAUAAAUGCUUCAGAGUUCAAGGAACAGACACAUCAACUGUUCAGAGGAGACUGUGUGAAUCAGGCCUUCAUGGUCAAAUUGCUGCAUAGGAACCACUACUAAAGGACACCAAUAAUAAGAAGAGACUUGCUUGGGCCAAGAAACACAAGCAAUGGACAUUAGACCGUGGAAAUCUGUCCUUUGGUCUGAUGAGUUCAAAUUUGAGAUUUUUGGUUCUAGCCGCCACGUCUUUGUGAGACGCAGAGUAGGUGAAUGGAUGAUCUCUGCAAGUAUGGUUCCCACCAUGAAGCAUGGAGGAGGAGGUGUGAUGGUUUGGGGUGCUUUGCUGGUGACACUGUCAGUGAUUUAUUUGGAAUUCAAGGCACACUUAUUCAGCAUGGCUACCACAGCAUUCUGCAGCGGUACGCCUUCCCAUAUUGUUUGCUCUUAGUGGGACUAUCAUUUGUUUUUCAACAGGACAAUGAUCCAACACACCUCCAGGAUGUGUAAGGGCUAUUUGACCAAGAAGGAGAGUUAUGGAGUGCUGCAUCAGAUGACCUGGCCUCCACAAUCACCUGACCUCAACCUAAUUGAGAUGGUUUGGGAUGAGUUGGACCGCAGAGUGAAGGAAAAGCAGGCAACAAGUGCUCAGCAUAUGUGGGAACUCCAAGACUGUUGGAAAAGCAUUCCUCUUG